AUGCGUUUCAGCAGAGAUGGCUUGGGGUGCAUCAAUAAAGGACUCGCAGCAGAUGAAGCGGGAGAGAAGGCACAGGCUCUGGAGCUCUACAAGCGAGGGUGGCAGCACCUUCUCAGGGCCAUCAGUGUGUCAUCACAGGGAGAGGAGUGUGUCAGCAGCUCCUGGGGAUCAGCCAGACAGAUGCAGCACAAGAUGCAGAGGACGCUGAACAACAUCACCACUCACCUGGCCAUACUGGAGACCAGCUCAGACCUUGGAUCUGCACCUACAUUGAACACUAGCAGUGUGUCUGGCUCCAAUGCUACAGACAUAUCUAAAGAAGGUCUCUACCCAAAACUUCCCACCAUAAACAAGCCGGAGAGGCCAGCUCGCCCACACCUACUUUCUGCUAAUGGCCAGGCAGGAGCUGUAGGAGCCGGCCAGCCUCCAGCUUACUCUCCUCAGGCGGUUGAUGGCCAUCUGUCUAUCUCAUAUGGGACAGAUGCAGGCAAAAUGUCAUUGGUUGGGAAGGAGUUUUACAUUCUCAGGAACCAAAGGUGA